AUGUCUACUACUAACGGAAAUCACAAAGAAUGGCGUCGGCCAGCCUCGGUUCCGUACCCGAGCAUUUGGCGCCGGUUCGAGCGCCCGGACAAAAAUGAACCGGAACGAAUCCGGAAAUUCCGGGUGCAAGACGCCAGCGACAAAGACUUACAAGAUGCCAUCGUGAAACAUAUGUCCGAGAUAUUUUUAGAAGACGAACCGACUUGUCACUCACUCAAUUUAAAAAAUGAUGCCGUAUCCUUAGCCGAAAUCCAAGAAAUAUGGCGAGAUUUAUUUACAUUCAAUUGCGUUCUGGUGUGUUUGGAAGAGAACCAGGACGGAACUUUGGUGAUGACACCAGGAACCAACACACCUUACAUCGUUGGAUGUAAUUUGACCUAUGUUUGCAGUAAGGGCGAAAAAAAUCCCAAGGUAAAAGGCAAAUCUUUAUCGAUAAUAUACGACGCAAUCGACUAUCUGUCUUCGUUUGCCGACUGCUACGCUCACUACGGCGUGGACAGGUACCUCUACGCCCUCGGUUUGAGCGUAGACCCGCGUUAUAGAGGAAUGGGUAUAGGGAUGGAGAUAUUAAAAGCCAUAAACGAUUUAGGACUGAAGGUUGGUUUAAAAGCUACAGUAACAACCUUUACUGCAAUAGCUUCCCAGAAACUAGCCGAAAAAUGCGGAUAUGAAGUUUUAGUCGAAAAAACAUAUACAGAACUCGAAAAACGCAAUUCAAAAUUCAAAUUUUCAGGAAUACAAGCUAAAUCGAUAAAAUUAAUGGGCAGGAAACUGGAUGUACAUUUACCAUAA